AUGUUUUGUACGCUCAAAGAAUAUUCUCAUACAAGAAAGCGAAAAGCGCGCUGCGAUACAGACGGGCGAUCAGGCAAUGUCCACCCAAGGAGUUUCAUCCACGAUCUCGAGAGAGAACUCAUGAACCUGGAGACGAAAAUAAAUGAUGCCGAAAAUGCACCGACCGAAACAUCGCCAGCCACUUCGAACCUUCGAUCUGGCGAUGAAGUUGCACAGACUUCCAUCACUGGGCAUACUGAGGAGCAUCCUACCUUUGCCGAAUCUUCAAGUGGAAUCAACUUGGUUCGGUCAGCCCUCGAAUGCGCUCAGCAGGAUUACUCGAAUUUAGAAACGCCGUCAGAUUCUGCAGAAACGCGACCCACGCUUCCAGAGACACAGAAGAAUAAUACACGGGCCGCCUUGCCACCACGCGAGUUGGCAAAUAACCUCAAAGACACCUUUUUCAGCAGUCAUCAAGUUCAAUAUCCGAUUCUCAAUCAGGAACAGUUCGAGGAUACCAUGUCACAAUUUUACGAUAAUCAUGAUGGCAGAAGCAACAACUCUGACCUGUCGCCUGCUGAUGUACGCGUGCGUUUCAUGAUCAACAUGGUACUUGCGAUUCCCCUCAUGUCCAUGGCAGGGGACCAUGAAGAAAGCCAUGCACUGUCAAAGGGUUUCGCUGCCAACGCCAUGGCUGAUGUGAGCCAUAUCAUGCAGACUAAGAACGUGCAGUCUCUCCAAUGUCUGCUCCUUCUCUUGUUACUGUCAAUAGUGGACUCUGCACCUGCACCCGUCUGGUAUAUAUCCGGCCUGUGUAUGAGGAUGUGCAUUGACCUAGGAUACCACUCCGAAAGAACCAUAAGUAUGUCUUCUUCAGUAGGAGCUACUGAGACGGGCAAAGAACAAGAAGCAGAUGUCAAGCGAAGACUCUUUUGGAUUACGUACAGUUUUGACAGGACGUUCAACAUCUUACUGGGUCGUCCCUUCACAUUUGACAAUUUGUCAGUGAGUAUUGACUUGCCUAGUUGCUCGUUGACAUCUACGACCCGACAACAAACAUUGCAUUGGCUGGAGCUACAGCGACUACAAAGCAAGAUCGUUCAUAGGCUUCAUAGCACUCAGGAAGUUAGAGAAAGGAACAACACAGAACAGCCAGAGCUUGAGCUAUGUCAAUGGACGAACGACAUGGCACAAACUCUAAAAGAGUGGAAUGGGUUCGCACAAACGCUCGCUGACCCUUGUGGCUACGAUGUCAACUGGUGGAGCUAUUGGCAUAGAACAGUUUUGCUCAUUCUAUACCGGCCAUCUUUAUUACGACCAACCCUCAGUCCGAGCGAGACAUUGUCUUGUUACAUGGCCGCAAAGGAACUCAUACAACUAUCAUUCCUCCGCAUCAGUGAAGGCCUUGCUGACUUUACUUGGAUUGACCUCCAUUUCCAAUUCAUGAGUGGUAUUACCAUGAUACUCAUCAUAUGGAAAAGUUUAGAAGCAAGGAAUAAGGCACAAGAAGAUUGGAUCUCGCUCAAGAGUAGCCUGUUCCAGUGGAAACUGAUAUUGGACCGACUUGGAGCCCGGUGGGAACGGAUCGGUCGAGCUCGCGAAGUGCUCUCAAAAUUGGCCGAUGCUACUGUUGACCUUGUGGAGAAGGUUCCUGCAGGACUUGCCGAAGGUACUCUUCAUCCACGACCCUCACAAAAUAUGAGAGAGACACGACGUAGCCAAAGACGAUCAAUCGUGCAAAGACUUCGAAACAUGUCGCGGCAAGAUCAAAGUCAGACUGGAGCCCAGGACUCAAGCCCACCUUGUUCAAACGCAGGGUUUGACAGAGGGACCACACAGUUGUCUAAUAACAACAGUAACCCCGAAAGUCGAGGUCAAGAUGUGACAAAUAUGCAGAAUCUUGCAGAAGGAACCGCAGGGUGGACUGACUCUGACAUUAAUCUGCAACAAGAGACAGCACUCGGGUCACAAGAUGCUGGCAAUACCUCACAAUGGGAGGCAGAACAAACACUCUGGCCACUUCUCAAUCUGUCUGAUACCACAACUGGCACUGAUGAGCUGGAUCUUUGGGCGUAUUUCUCCGCUCCGAUAUUGGGCAUGGAAAAUAUGGCCAUUCCAAUUAACAGUGCCAUCAGGCCUGAUGAAUCCCUAAACAACAGCAUCCUCAACUUUCAAGGGGAUCUCAGUCAGUUUCCUUCUCAAAAUGGAGCAAACAGUACCGAGGAGAGUGAUUAUAUACAAGGAUAUUAUGCCACACAUCAUGAGGGUUCCAACGCUGCCUUUGGAUUGAACUUCUACAAUGUAAAAGGUCCGGACCACGUUAGCCGAUGGGCAACGGAACCGCCGCUGUGGAUCUUAGAUCACGGCCCUUCCGAGAACUACUUCAAAACCAACUAG